AUGGCCGCGAAUACUGAGAUGCAUCUCGGACUCGGUCACGUUGUAACUCACCCUGUUGACAGAGGCGAGACUAUGAAUGUAAUUGCUUGUACAGUAACUAAAGAAGGCUGGGCAGAUCCACAUAGAUUCGCACGUGCGGCGACUGAACAAGAUACACUGAAUGAACUCACUAGUGCAAGUAAGAACGUCACUAACAUUCUCAGCCUGCUCAAUAGAUAUGUUGACACCUGGGUUAUCUUUGAUAUUCUCGACCACCCUGCAUCCACUUACGCCAAAGAAAGAAAGGUUUCAAUCGGAGACGCAGCACAUUCAACUAGUCCUUACCAUGGAUCAGGCGCAGGCUUUGCCAAUGAGGACUUUGCCGUGCUAGCCGAAUUGCUUGUGACACCGGCUGUAAAAGCACAUAAUGGGCUGCUGGCCGGUAGUCGACCCAACAGACAGCCAGAUGAGUGGCAGGCCGAGGAUGUUGGAGCAGACACUGAGAAGAUUGCAACAGAGGCGUAUGAGCGAUCUGAGAAAAAUGCAGGAAUGAAUAGAAAUUGUUCACAAAGUUGA